AUGACAAAAAACCAGGACGAAAAUCUGAGAAGAGAGGUUGUGGAAUUAGGGAGUGUGGUCAGGACCUUCGCCAACAAAAGUGAGGGAGUAGAACAGGCCAUGAGGUCAAUGGAGUUUAGACAGGAUGCUACUGAAAAACUGCUGAAAGGAUUGGAUCAGAAGUAUGAGGGCCUGAUGAACAUGAUGGCUCAGUUGGUGGCCAAGAUCAGUGACCAGGGAAAGGAACCAGAAGGCAGUAGCAGUUCAAAAAAGGAUGAUCGAUCAAAUGAAUCCAGGAUGGAGCCACAAAAAGAAGCAGGUAGUAGGAGAGAGGCCAGAGUCCAUGGUAGAUUGCCAAAAAUGGAUCUGCCAAUUUUUUAUGGAGACAAUCCAAGGGAGUGGAUCAGGAAGGCUAACAAGUAUUUCAAGCUACACGAGAUAGAGGAGGACUUGAAGGCUGAGGUUGCUGAACUCUAUUUCAGAGACAGAGCAGACAUAUGGUUCCAUGGAGUUUUUCAUGGAAGGGAGGCUAUUCCCUGGUCAGAAUUAUCCACUGCUCUAUGCAUCAGAUUUGGAGAGGGAAGUCCAGAAGAGGCCAUCGAAGAAUUCAAUAAACUGGUGCAUGCAGGAUCUGUGGCUGAAUACUUGGAGAAAUUUGAGAUGCUCAAAGCCCUGGUAAUGCCUUCUCUACCUCACUUGUCUGAUUCAUAUUAUAAGGCAUGUUUUAUGAGUGGACUGAAAGAGGAAAUAGUUAAUAUGGUGAAAAUAUCUAAACCUGAAACCUUAGCUGUUGCCAUUGAAAUAGCAAAACUCCAAGAAAAGAACCUCAAAGCAAUCCAAAAAAUGCAGAAACCUGUCAAUACCAGUUUCAAUAGCCAAAAAAUCCACAGCAAAAAUACACCCCACACCAAAUGGAACCAAAACUACCCCAAACACACCAACAAACCCCCUGAUCAGCACACUUCCAACCAGAACUUUUUUAAAAAAAUAACUCCCACAGAAUACAAUCACAGGAGGGAAAAGGGGCUAUGUUAUAAAUGUGCAGAACCUUAUACCUUGGGGCAUGUUUGCAAACAAGCCCAUGCACAUUUACUGUUGGCUGAUGAGGAUGAAGACAUGGAGAGGGGUAGGGAACCAGAGGAGGAAGUUUUCUAUGACUGCAUUAAUGGAGGUCUGGCAGGGGAACACAUAGAAGUAUCAAUUCAUGCCUUGGCAGGAGGAGCAAGGCACAAAACGAUAAGGCUGAGGGGUUAUGUUAAGGGAAGGCAAGUCACUGCACUGAUUGAUAGUGGUAGUACCCAUUGCUUCUUGGAUGAGCAGCUGGCAAAGGAGUUGAAACUGUGUACACAGGGGCCAACUUUGGUAGUCAAUGUGGCUAAUGGUGAGAAGGUGGACUCCAAGGGACUGGAUAAACCUAUGCAGUGGGAAAUGCAAGGGCAUCAGUUCCAACAUACCUUCAACACUCUGAGGUUGGGGGGAUGUGACAUGAUACUGGGGGUGGAUUGGUUAGCCAAACACAGCCCUAUAGAGUUCAAUUUCAUGGAACUCAGUAUGAAGAUCCUCAAGGGGAAGCAAGAAAUAAUACUGAAGGGGGAGGAGAUCAGCACCAAGUUGGAGAUACUCAAAGGAGGCAGGCUAGCAAAAUGGCUAAGGAAGCAGGAAUAUGGGGCAGUAGCACAACUGGUGACAGUGGGGAAGGAGGAAAGACCAGGACAGAUACCCACUGAAAUCAACCAUGUGCUAGAUCAAUACAAGGAUGUCUUUGAAGAACCAAAAGGGAUGCCUCCAACAAGGAGCCAUGAUCACCAGAUUGUCCUCAAGGAGGGAGCCAGGCCCUUCCAGGUGAGGCCAUACAGGUGCCCCUACGUGCAGAAGUCAGAAAUUGAGAAGUUGGUGAAGGAAAUGCUGGAACUAGGCAUCAUACAACCCAGCAGCAGCCCAUUUGCUUCCCCAGUGCUACUGGUUAAGAAAAAAGAUAGGACAUGGAGGUUCUGUGUAGACUACAGGCAGUUGAAUGAGCUGACAGUGAAGAACAAAUUUUCCAUGCCCCUGAUCGAAGAGUUAAUAGAUGAACUGCAUGGGGCUAAGUAUUUCACAAAAAUGGAUCUAAGGGCAGGAUACUUUCAAAUCAGGGUCAAAGUGGAAGACAUACCAAAAACAGCUUUCAGGACUCAUCAAGGACUCUAUGAAUUCAAGGUCAUGCCAUUUGGCUUGACCAAUGCCCCGCAACCUUCCAGAGCCUGA